AUGUUCUUAAAGGAAGAAAUAAUCUCAUCACCUAGUGGAGUGCUUCCAUAUUCUGCUUAUGAUAAAUAUAGCACUAAAAUGUAUUUUUCCCUCUUGCCAAAUCACACAAGCUUUCAAUCAGGAUAUCUUGGAGUGCAACCGAGUUAUGUCCAAGGUACAUUUCAUUUACGAUUUCCAGAGGAAAAUCCUUUGAAUGCUAGCAGUAUCGAUUUAAAGUUUACUGGCAAAGAAGAUAUUAAGUUCACCCGAAAUUAUGGCAAUAAUUCUACUACCUAUUAUGCAAAACGAAAACUUGAAUGUGGUGUGAUUCGCUUAUGGGAAAGUUCCAGUCCGGGAAAAUUCGAAAAAAUUUUCAAAUUGGAUGUACCUUUUAAAAUUCUACUUGUUAACGAUUUGCCCCCUUCCCUUUCUCUUGUUCGUAAACGUGCCAAGAUUUAUUAUCGAUUAAAAGUUAUUAUAACAAGGGAAACCAAACUUCUCUCAUUUAAAUCUGGAAAAAAAUCAAUUUCUGCGAAAUGUCCAAUAUUUCAAUAUUUACCUCCUUUAAGACCUGAUCCAUUCCUUACACUCCUUGAUAGAAACUCUAAAGAUAAAGGUGGUGCUCCAGAUAACCCAAAUAUUCGGCAUGUAAUGACGUUAAAUCGAACGGAUUUUGCACCUAGAGAAAUGAUUAUCGUUGUAGUGCAAUUAACUUUAUUAAAUAACAGUGUUGCCGUUCGAGAGAUAUCAUUAGGUUUAAAAGAAUACUCUCAUUUAGUAUCUGGUAGACAUUCCGAUUCUGAUAAACAUUAUAUAGUUAAAGAAAAAAUAAUUGGUGCGCAACUUCAACUCAAAGCUGGGACAUUGAAUCAAUUGUAUGGAGAAAUACGCGUUGCCAUUCCUGAAAAACAAGCAUAUCCUACUAGUCUACUUUCACAGUGUGUACAAAUUAAACAUAAAGUUAAAUUAAGGGUUCAUUUGUCGGGUGCCAAGGAUAUAAGAUUAGAAAAACAGAUCAUGUUCGCUAAACGUGCUCUGCUAUGA